GUGCACUAGUGCAACGUACAAGGGCAGACCUUUACUUUAAAGGACAAGCAAAACCUUAUUUCUUUGCCGACACUGACCCUUUCGCUGGAUCAACAAUCCCAUAGGGCGGGAGGAUGAAGUGCCUUGUGCUCCUGUUGGCUUGUGCUGCUGUUGGGUGGGCUCAAUCAUGUGACCCUCAGCCAGGAGCAAUUAAUUUGGCAAGAUCAGAAGGUGUCAGUGUCAGCCAAAGCUCCGUUUACCCACUUAAUCCUCCACCCAAUGCUCAAACAGCCGUCGAUGGGAAUAAAGAGACAAAUUAUUAUGUACAUCCCUGUGCCCACACCAAUAAGGACUUUGCCCCUUGGUGGCAGCUGGACUUGAAAAAAAGCAUAAAGAUUUGGACAGUGGUCAUCACGACCAGGAGGGACUGCUGCAGCGAGCGCCUGUUGGGAGCCGAGAUCCGUGUUGGAGAUUCAGCCGAUAAUAAAAACCCAGUUUGCGCCACCGUCAAUGACGUCUCCCAGACCACCUUGACCUUCUGCUGUAAGGGGAUGCUGGGUCGCUUUGUGAGUGUGGUUAUUCCCGGCCGCAGCGAAUUUCUCCAUUUCUGUGAAGUAGAGGUUUAUGCUGAAGAAGUAAAAAGUGAAGCAAGUCCUCUCUGCUGGUAGCCCCAUGGCAACUGACACUUUAUCCACUUCUGAAAGUCUUACUGUACUGUCAUCGCAGCUCAUUAAAAUGAUAUUACAAAUGA